AACUCCACUUGGCGUCUUCACUCCUCCAGCAGCCAUGGCUCUCUCUGUAUCUGGAGGAACCGUGUUCACUGUACUCCUCAUUAGCAGGUUGUUAGAGAGCUCGUUGCUCAACGCAGAAGUGAAGGAAGGAGAGAUUCUGCCUCCUACCAUCCAGAGGCUGAUGAAAGGAUACAACAAGUACCUCAGGCCUUUCUUUGACAAUGGUCCGGUAACAGUGGGUAUGAGUUUGGACAUUGCCAGCAUUGACACCAUUUCAGAGAUCAACAUGGACUACACGGCCACCAUAUUCCUCCGCCAGCGAUGGACUGAUGAGCGCUUGGUGUUUGAAGGCAACAAGAGCCUGAGCCUUGACGGGCGGCUAGUUGAGCUCCUCUGGGUCCCAGACACGUUUAUUGUUGACUCCAAGAAAUCCUUCCUCCAUGACAUCACUGUGGAGAACAGGCUGAUCCGCAUCUUUCCCAACGGGACUGUCCUUUACGCACUAAGGAUUACCACCACUGUGGCUUGCAACAUGGACCUGACCAAGUAUCCCAUGGACAAGCAGACCUGCACGCUACAACUGGAGAGCUGGGGUUACAACAUAAAUGAUGUUAUGUUCUACUGGACCAGAGGAAAUGAGUCUGUCAGUGGUUUAGACAGUCUCCAGCUGGCUCAGUAUACAGUAGAAGACCACUACACAUCUGUCUCAGAGGCCAUCUAUGAAACUGGCCAUUAUCCCAGGCUUGUCUUCCACUUUGAGCUGAAGAGGAGCAUUCUGUACUUCAUCCUGGAGACCUAUGUCCCCUCUAGCCUGCUGGUGGUCCUCUCAUGGGUUUCCUUUUGGAUUUCCUUGUCUUCUGUUCCAGCACGUAUUUGCAUAGGAGUGACCACAGUACUGACCAUGACAACUCUGAUGAUGGGAGCCCGGACAUCACUACCCAAUGCCAACUGCUUCAUCAAGGCCAUCGAUGUGUAUUUGGGGAUCUGCUUCAGCUUUAUCUUCGGAGCACUUAUUGAGUACGCUGUGGCCCACUUCUGCACCCUCACUCACGCUGAUGCACACAUGCUCAUGUACGGCCACCGAAUGCACGACUUUGAUGAUGAAAUGAACGGCAUCGUCACCACCAUCUCCACUCACUCCAGCAGGGCCAAGAGGCGCAAGGAGCCUGCUGCAACUUCUCCUUCAGUUCCCACCUCAACAGAACUUGCUGUCAGACCCUCUAGCCCCUCGGGCAGUGAGCCCAAGCCUGAGGCGGCACCUCCAGAGCACACCAACUGGUGCCUCACUGUUCUGGCCACCCUCCGCAAGAUUCUGCGUGCCAUACACUGUUGUCACGUGGAGAACCCCCACCAUAUAGACAACUACUCCAGAGUCACCUUUCCACUGUCUUUUGUCAUUGUUAACCUACUCUACUGGACAUAUUAUCUGUACUUUUAGCAUUUGUUUAAGUGCUGCAUAUGUCCAGGAGAGUUUAAGACGGAGAGUGUUUGUAGACAACAAGUGUACCUUACUAUACAUACGUACAGUAAGUGUUAUUCAGGUGUGUUCUGGGUUGAAUGUGUAAAACUUCUACAUUUGGACUCGUGAGCGAGGUCGCAUUGUCAUAUGGGAUUGUUCUGGUGGAAAAAGGGAAUGCUCAUAAUUGCAGCUCCUUUUUAAAUAUUAAUAAGUACUCAAACUGUGACAUUGCUUAAAAUUUGAUGGAGUUGGUUUUGAAAAAAAUUGGCCUACCUGACUAUGACAUGGUGAUAUUUUAUAAAUUCUGUCACGUUUUAAUAUUUAUUUUAGGAUGGAGCUGUAAUUGAAGGCUUUAUGACAGAAUUCACCUGCGCUAUUGAGUGAGAACAAAUUCACAUUCCACUUUGAGUCUCUUUUAUGAUGGAUUGAUCAUUGAUAUUUUACAACUUCAUCUCCUGUUUCUGCCUGCAGGCACAACAUUUAGAGUGAAAUAGCAAAAGUAACAGAUGGCAGAAGAGGGCUGAAAACGACAGGCAAGGGAGGUGGAAAAAUCACUACAAUGGAGCAUGUGUUGAGAAAUAUAAACCUCCAAAGGACGAGCUUUCUACUCAUUGUUGAAAGCUCUCAUUCUUCUGUGUCCUUCUGUGAGUUAUUUUUAAUUCACUGCAGUACUGUUUCUCCCAGCCUGCAUAUGAUCCUUUUUUCAUUUCUAUAAAUGUAGUGGCCUUGGAUACCUUCAGUUGUAUUCUGGAAAUCUGGCUAUCGUGAACAGUUUAAUGGCACUUGUCACGGUAUGAAUCUGUUCUGCUAUUUCAUAAAGGGAAGCACACCUGCACACUCCAAGAUAUGGAAGUCCAAAGGGAUCCAUGUUAAAUAAAUAAAUAUCAAAUUACAAAUGAAAAUUCAUGUUAAUAAAUAGUGAGAUUUUAUAUAUAUAUAUGUGCUCGGCCUUUAGAUAAAGAAAUACUCUUUACUUUUGUUAAAUCCCAGCCUAGAGUAUGCUAGCCAGCUAACCAGCUAGAUUAGCUUCUCAGUCUUCUCAGUCCAGAUUGCUAUUUUCUUUUUCAUCAAAUUGCCAGAUUUUAGCGCACUGACUAAUCUUGUGAGUUCAAAAAUAAAAUAGGCUUUUAAACAUAUAACUGCCAGCUAGCAAGACUGUUGUAGGAACAUAAUUUCUAUAGUCAUGUGAAAAAAAAAGAAACGUUCACAGAUGUCUUUACACAAAGGUGUUCUAGAGAUAAAUUCACUGCACAACAUUCAAACUUGACUGAAAUGCAGUAGCGGCACCUUAACAGAGCUGUAACGGAACUAAAUCAAUAUUGUAAAGAAGAGGGGGUCAAAAUUUAUCUGUGAGAGGCUGAAAAAAAUUCAUACUGAAAAUUAUUAUUUAAUUUUUCACAUGAAUAAUAUGUCUUCUUCCACAGCAGUUUUAGUAAGAAAAAGUAUUAAUAUCGAAUGAAAAACUUAACAUGAAUUAAAGCGUAAUUGAAAAUGGCAUCCUGUAAAUCACGUUGUAGAACAAAACAUUUCUUAUAAAUUAUAGUAGCUUAAUUUUAAUAGUGUCUGAAAUAAUCUCAUUAGAUCAUCUGUAUACUUCAGUUUAUUUGUAUUAUUAUUUAUUUAUAUUGGAGCUUUUGGGUUUCCAUACUAACUGGCAGGCAUAAUGGAAAACACAGGUGUAAAUAUAAAGGACAGCAGACAUAUACCAAUACAGACAGGUACUAUGUUACAGUGAUAUGCAGUAUUUCUCUCUCUAUGGGUUGGCUGGUAGUGUUUUCACUGUGGUUUUUCAAUGGAUCGGGCAGUUAAAGUGUUAAAAAUAUUUAAGAUGGAUUUAAAUAUGAAAUGGAUAAAAUAUUUAAAUAGGAUGUUGUCAUCUGAAAGUUAUCUAAAUGGAAAAACACAUAGAAAUGUUUGAGGUACUGUUGGGUCAGAAGUCUAUAUACACUCAACAUUGGCAUGGAUGUCAAGGUAAGUUCGGGGUUUUAAUCAUUUGUUUGAACUGUUUUUUUUCCAGGGUGGAAUGAUUGUGUAUAUGAUACAUCUUUAAUAACUUUAAAAAGCAAGACUUUUGUGCAGUAGCGUAAACCACAAAUUUUCAAUGGGGCUGAGAUCAGAGUUUUUGGGAAGCUCAUUCCAGAUGUUCAGUGUUAGCCUGCUUUGUCCCAUCCAAAACCUGUUUUGAUGUGUGUUUGGGAUCAUUGUAUUUCUGUUGUACAUCCUGUUGUAUCCAAGUUAUAACCGUCUCCUCCUUCCUUUAUUGUUCUAUCCGCUUUAUGGAAUGUAUUAAGACCCUUGGCAGCACAACAGCCCAAGAGCAUGAUGCUACCACCACCGUGCUUGGCUAGUAGUAUAGUGUUCUUAGCUUUAAAAGUCUCACAUUUUUUAUUGUGGCUAAAUAGCUCAAUUUUGACCAUAAAAUUUUUCUCUAGAAAGCAUUUGUAUGUGGGCAGCUGGAAAAUUGGAUGUGAGCUUUUGAGGCAGAGGCGUGGGUUUUUUUUUUCAGAUAGCACCCUCUUAGUCCGUGGUGAUAUCAAACUCACUUUACUGUCGAUAGUAACGCUAGUGUUCCUGCGUUUCCAGUUCAUUGCAAGCUUGUUUCUCUGUGGUUUAUUAGUUGUUCCUAAACAUCCUAAUUAAUUUACUCUCAUUUAAAGGUGAAACUUUGGGCCUUCUUUCUGACCUUGGCAAAUUAGUGUAACAUUUGAACCUCCACUGAUAUAAAGUUGAUUGACCUGACAAUCUUGGAAUCUGCAGUUUAUAGAAAUGGUGCCAAGAGACCUUCUUGACCAACUUGUGUAAAUCUACAAUUCUCUUUCUCAGAUCUUCUCCGAGUUUCUUGGACUUCCCCAUUUUCACGAGUACUGGUCAAAUGAAUGAGGGCUGUCCAAAAAAAUCCUUUUUGUCAAUCAUGAUCACGAACGAGAAGUUAAUAGGCCUUGGCCAUGUCAAGUUAAAAGACAUCGGAGAACCUUGAGCAGCACUUUGAAUAUUUGAAUGCAUGCUUUACAUUUGAGCCUUUAUGUAUAUGUUUGAGGCUGUGCAGAUUUGCAAAUAUCUAAAGAAAUUCAAACACCCAAUUCUUGUUUCUUUUUUACAAUCAUUAAAGAUGUUGUACAAUCAUUCCACCUUGGAAAAGACAAGUUCAAAGAAAUCCUUAAAAACACAAAAUGACCUUCAUGAACGUUAUGAGUGCAUGUAAACGACUGUACUCAACUGUGGAACUCUUCAGUUUUGUAAACUGUUAACUCUCAACUGUUUCAGUUGAGAUGAUACAGCACAUUCUCUGUCAGCGUUGUGAACCAAAGAACCAAAGACUUCAAUUUAAUUCAACCAUUCCUCUUCGUUUCCUUUUAGUUCCCAAGAGAUUUUUCAAGUUAUGUCAUGUUUGUUAUCCACUGAAGAACUCUGAAAUAGCAUGAAGUUCAUAUUUCAGAUAGAAAACAGGAUUCAGUUGAAUAUCAGAGGUGCAUGUUUAUUUAUUGCUGUACUCAGUAUUGCUAUGACAUAAUCUCACUCAUUUAAUAUGAAAACUGGUACAAGUUUCACCAUGAUACAAGUCAAGGUUCCAUUUCUAAGAACUACUUCUCAGUGUGCAGUGACGAGCUAAGUUGUUCAUAUUUGAAUGUGCUUCAUUUUAGCUUCUACUUCUACUUUUAACCAUUUUUGAAUAUACCAUCAACUACCAAACAUUUUGAUUGAUCUUUGUCAGAUUAUAAUACAAAAGUAGGAUAUUUUUUUGUUUAUGCUCUUCCUGCAUGAUGGUCAAUCGUAUCUUUUGUUUUUUGUUGGGGUUUUUCUGUUGCUUGAUUUGUUUUGGUUCAACAUGAUAGAGAGGAAUCAUCACUAAAGAGUAAGAAGAGGCUGUUUCAUGAACAAGAUGUAUAUUUUCAUUUGAUUUGGGCUGUCAUCUGAGUUUAAAGUAAGAAUCUGCUCAAACUUUUUUACUUUUUUCCAAAACUUUGAAAGAAAUGAAUGAUCUGUGACUGUGUUCUCUGGACGCACUGAUCUGGGGGAAAGGUUAACGUGAUAAAACAUAGACUGUCAGGUUUUAUACAAUAUGGCACCACAGUCAUAGUUCUGAUAGUAAUCUUCUCAGUGAAAAGUACAAGAAAUGAAUGCCAAUACGGAGCCAAAGAACCACAAAAGCAACCACUGAAGCAUCUUGUCAGUGUGGGCUCACAGAGUCGUAAGGUUGUCCUAAGGUAUGGCUCCACAGUUGCAACUACAAUGUAAAUGCUUGUUUGCUCUAAAUGGACAGCACUGUUGACGGUGAAGGUGCAAACAAGAGCGUAUGGACAUGUUUGGAGCAACAGUUGGACUGCCCCCCCCCCCCCUCCCUUUUCUGUCCUUUUGUGGGACCUGUCAAUCUUCCAGGAGACACUGGCUAUUAUAACAGCCUCACAGUUCUUGGGACAUCUUCAUGUACAAUCUAUUUAUACACUAUAGUACCAUGUUAAUAUAGACUUCAGUUUCCUUAUUGUAAAUAAAUAGUAACACUAUGCAUGUUUAGUCUGUGUAUGAAUAUGAAUGAUAGCAAUAAAAAAAGAGGUUUAACGUG